GCCUUGUUUGCGGGUUAAAUUGUUUUUAUUGUUUUUGUUCUUAUUAUUAAAUUCUUUGUUAGGAAACUGCAUCUGCCCUGCAGCCUUCUUUCUUCCUCACAUUGCUCUGGUGGGCGUUGUUUGUUUGGUCUCCUCUUCUUUUUCUCUCUUUCUUUGAUCGAGAAAGAGAGAACAUUGGGCUGUUUCUUCACCGAUUUCUUUGAUUUUCUCUUCUGGGUUCUCUUAGAUCCAUCGGCCUCUUUCAUUUCCGUCCGGUAGGACUUCAUUGUAAGUUAUAAGGGAAAUUCAUAGAAGCCCUAAUGCAGGGGCAGAGGGGUUCUAUUGGUUCCUUGCCUGAGACCUUGAACUUUGACCAUGGGUCUACAUCAAGUAAUGCUGCUAUAGAUCAGCAGCUGUGCUGGAGUAAUAUUCGAAAUCCUCUAGAAAAUCGAUUACCAGAUUGUAUGAUGUCAACUAAUGAGGCAAAUAUUACAUAUGUGAAUUCUUAUAGCCAGGAGCCACAAAACCUUGGCAGAUGGAGCCUAGGUGAACCCAGCUCUAGUGGUGCACAGAAUGAGGUAAAUCAUGGUGAACAUAAAACAGAUAAUGGAUGGUCUUCUUCCAUGGGUUCUUGUGCCAAUGGUGGUCCAAGGAUUGAAGAAAGUCAGUACGAACAAAACCCUCUUUUUGUCCUAAGUUCCAAUUCUAGCCCAAUUCCCCAAAAUCUGAACCUAAAUGCUGGUUUGAUGGGUUGUGGCGAUUAUAAUUGUCGAGCUACAGAACAUUCUAAUCUAAGCAAGUCUAGUGGAUCUGAGAAUGAGCGGAUUCCAUCUGCUUCUGGUCCCGAAUCGUUUCUACUUCCUUCUGGAAGUGGUGGAUACUCUGGGGAAGGCUGUGAUGACAGGCCAGGUUCUUCAUUUGAGGGCCGCCGUGCUUCCCGCAAAAGAAAGGCUCUAGAAGGAACUGUUGGGCAGUCCUCCAUGAGUGGAAGUUCUAGCUAUGGGCAAUGUGCUGAAGGUAGUGCAUGGCCCUCUGUUCCUGCUUAUACUAUUGCUGGGAGCAGUUUAAAUAUAUCUACCCCAUCAGAACAGGUAAAUCCAAGACUUGGAUUAGGUGUAAGAGGAUCGGCUUCUUAUAACAGUCCUGAUCCAGUUGUGAUGUCUAGUCCAGAGAGCUCCCAUAGAAAUUUUCGUAUGAGAAUAGAUCGUUCAAAUCAACAAGAAUCCAUAACCCCCACAUUGUUUCCCACAGGCAACACUGCCAGGCAUUCAUUUGUUUCAUCUUCCCAUCAGCUUUCAAGAUUUCUUCCAGUUGAUCAUUCUUUGGAUUUGAGGUCCACACCAGUGGUAGAUAAUGUAAGUCCCCAAAAUCAGAAUAUUGUAUUUCAUGGUCCAAAUCUGCCACCAAAUGUGCAGCCAUUUAGGUGGAAUGGAAGUUCUGCACCAAGGGCUUCUAGUUCAUCAAAUUCUAAUGUCUCUGGAGAUAGAGAUGCUGUGCCACGUGAAGAACCAAGGUCAAGAAGCAUCACUAGAAACAUAUUGGAUCAUCCUCUGUUUAUUCCUGCUCCAGAGUUGAGAGAUUUGGCUCGAAUCCGGACUAAUCGAAGUUCAAGUGGUGGGAAUUUAAGUGUUCCUGGAAACGUUGCUUCUACAUCCCGCAAUGUCUCAAGUUCAGGUGCCAACCAAUCAUCUGUUCCUAGCUUGGUUCCUCAUUCUAAUUCCUCUUCACACUAUCCAAGGAGAUUGACUGAACUUGUUCGUCGAUCAUUGUUAUCUACCCUUGAUUCUGAACCUGGAGGCCAGAGCAGUAAUCAUUCUCCUCAUCCCUCUGGACCUUCUGCUUCCCCAGAGGAGAUGAUGCUUUCAGCUGGAGUUGUUAACCCAGGUCAUCACCCAGGUCAUCAUCGAUUGUACCCGAGGUCAGUGUCAUGGUUGGAGAGACAAGGUGAUACUGUACUCGGCAUUCCCCAUCCUUUACGAACUUUGGCUGCUGCCAGCGAAGGAAGAAGCAGGCUUUUUGUGUCUGAGAUUCGCAAUGUCUUGGAUCUCAUGCGUAGGGGUGAGGGCUUACGUUUUGAGGAUGUUAUGAUCCUUGAUCAUUCAGGAUUUUUAGGGGUGGCUGAUAUUCAUGAUAGGCAUAGGGAUAUGCGCCUUGAUGUUGAUAACAUGUCAUAUGAGGAGUUAUUGGCUCUGGAAGAGCGAAUCGGUAAUGUGAGCACAGGAUUGAACGAGGAAACUGUACUAAAGCAUCUGAAACAACAAAAAUGCUCUAUUACUCCUAGAACGGAGGGGGAGACAGAACCAUGUUGUAUUUGUCAGGAAGAGUAUAACGACGGGGAAGAUCUCGGAACUCUCGAAUGUGGACAUGAUUUUCACAGGGAUUGCAUUAAACAAUGGCUGAUGCACAAAAAUUUGUGCCCCAUCUGUAAAACAACAGGUCUGACUACAUGAGUAUGGUUUUCAAGCACUUUGUUCCUCAGCCCUGAGGAAGAGGGUUUUGGCCCUGAAAAUUUGUUUCAUUUUUUUCUUCUCAACGAGUCAAGUAAGUUGACCGGCAAGCCAUGUGUACCAUUUCGUUUCAUGGCAUCCCCUUUGGAUCGGACAGUUGCAUUUUUACUUGAGAUUCUGGGGAACCAGAAAACAUUCUGAGUCGAUAAUACAGGUGUUGGAAGCAACCAAGGAAAGAAAAGCUUGUUGUGUCCUUUUAUUUUUUACACAUUUAAUUAAUGAACAAUUAGUUUACUCAGCCAAUUGGCUUCUAUAUAGAUUAUUAAGGAUUUCUUUACUUUUUUUAUCUUCUGCUUUUAGUUUGUUUGGUUUGGGGCUAUGUUUUAUUUUAUAUU